AUGGGAGGACCGGCAGUUUCUGAGGCAGUCAUCGUGGGUGGAGGGUUGGCCGGUCUCGCACUGGCUAUUGGCCUCCGGAACAUUGGGAUUGACGCCCAGGUAUACGAGGCGCGUGAUUACAUAUCCGGCGGGGAGGGAACCGGCAUAACUCUUUACCCCAACGGCCUCAGAGCACUCAACAGAAUCGACCCGGGCAUCUUGUCGCAGCUAUGUUCCCGUGGAGUCCCAGAUCCCACAUGCCUCUUCCUCACCCCGUUCGGCCAUUGUCUGUCCCGCUGGGACCUGUCGACCAACAUGACAGCUCGGUACGGCUUCCCCAUGCUGGCGAUCGGCUGGCGAGAGGUGCAAGAUGUGCUCUUCCGAAUGGUGCCAAAAGACGCCAUCCACACCGGCCACAGGCUUGUUGCGAUAUCACAGAACGAGGAGGCGGAGGGGGGAAGCAGGGGAGAUGGCACGGUGAAGUGCGUUUUCCGAAAGGUUUCAGGUGGCAAGGAGUGCCUGCUGGAGGUGGAGACCCCUCUUCUUUUGGGAGCAGACGGCAUUUUCUCCGAAACUAGAAAGCAUUUGCUGGGGGAGGGAGUGGAGCCUCGAGACAAUAGGCGAACUAUCUGGAGGGCCAUCAUCGACAGCAGCGCCGCCUCCCACCCUCUACUGCAGCCACGGCAAGGUUUGACCAUACUGGCCGGCGACCGUUCAGGAUUCAUCAUGCACGGUCAUGCCAACAAGCUCUACUGGGGGCUCAUGCUCGCUGACGGGGCCGAUCCAACGGUCAGCAGCAGCCGAUCCAGUUGUGGGGAGGAGGCGAAAGAGAAGAUCCUGCGAGCACUGAAGGGGUGGGAUGUGCUGCCGCGUAUUGUGGAAGCCACUCCACCGGAGUGCAUUGUAGAACGCCGGAUACUUGACAUGCCAUCCCUGCCCUUCUGGAUCAAAGGGAGGACUGCACUGCUGGGAGAUGCGGCGCAUGCAGUAACGCCAGAACUGGGUCAUGGGGCGAACUUGGCGUUUGAAGAUGCAGCACAGAUGGUUGAAUGCAUCCGCGCUCACUCAGAUGUCAGGUGUGCACUGGAAAGCUUUCAGUCCCUUAGGAUGCCACGCCUGCAUGCUAUGGCAGCAAAGAACGAUGCGCUGGUGAAAGCAUUGUAUUUGGAUACACAAGCAGACAACGUGAACGGAAGCAGUCAGAGAACUCGAUCAGGUGUUGCACCAGUAAUCAGGGGAGCGAUAACUACAUUGCUGGCGGCGGUGACAGAGAGGCGUGAUACGUUUGAUUCCCUCUAUGCGCAUGACACAGUUGAAGUGGAGGAUCACGUCACACAUACCAAUAUUGUGGGGUGCCUGGAUUUUCUCGUACUUGAUGAAGUUGGCCGUAGCUGA